AUGAAGACAAGUCAAUGGAAAAAAUAUCUUUUCUGGUUUGCUCACGAACAUGUUAAUUUCCGAAAACACGAAAUGGAAGCUAUUCUUAAUAUGUUUUCUAUAAACACCUGUGUUUAUCCCGACUGGAAGGCACAUCCUUAUUGGAUUGUAAAUUUACCUAAUGAGGAUAUUGCACAUAAAAUUGCUAGCAGAGCAGUCUGUAUGAGAUUUUGCAUGGAACUGUGGGCUAAUAGCACAGACUAUGAAAAUUUACAUAACAAGUUGAAAAACUAUCCUGUUGCAGAAAUUAAAAAACAUGUUGGGCCACAAAAAUCAUUUAAAGUUACAGUUGAAACUUUUUGUAAACACUUUUCACAAAGUGAAAAAGUAAAUAAAAUCGAAUCUUUUAGUUAUUUGCCAUUGGAAGGACCAGUGAAAUUGAAUAAUCCGGACACAACUUUAUAUUAUGUAGAAUUUUAUGGACUAAAUCCCAACGACAUUCCUGAUAAACCUUAUGAAUUGUUUUUUGGUCGGUGGAUUACAAGUGGGCAAAGAGAUUUAAUUCAGAAGUUGUCAUUGAAAACCAGAAUAUUUAUAGGCAACACAUCUAUGGAUCCUCAGUUGUCAUUAAUAAUGGCAAAUCAAGCUCAAGUUCAGAAAGGGGAUAUUGUUCUAGAUCCUUUUGUUGGAACUGGGUCCUUAUUAGUUGCGGCCUCUCACUUUGGAGGAUACACAUUAGGAACAGACAUAGAUUUCUUAAUGUUGCAUGGUCGUACAAGACCCAGUCGAAGAACGCAAAAGAUUAGGGAAAAAGAUGAAAGCAUUGUCGCAAAUAUGAGACAAUACGGAAUAAGUUCAUGUUACCUUGAUGCUGUUGUGUCAGACUUCUCUGUUCCUUUAUGGCGUUCUGAUAUGACUGUAGAUGCUAUAAUUACUGACCCUCCUUAUGGUAUAAGGGAGGCAACAGAAAAAAUAGGUACAACAAAAUUAAAUCCAGUAAUAGAAGAGCACCAAGCUUCUUCUCACAUUCCUUCAAAAGUUGGUUACGGUCUACCUGAGAUUUACAAAGAUCUGUUAAGUUUCUCUGCCAAGCAUCUUAGAAUAAAUGGCAAAUUAGUGUGUUGGUUUCCUUUAUUUAGAGAUCAGUACUCAGAAGAUCAAUUACCAAGUCAUCCAUGUUUAGAAUUAAUAGCUAAUUCAGAGCAAGUACUUAGCAAUUAUACAAGUCGUAGGUUAUUAACUUACAGAAAAAUAACUGAUCCUAAGGAAGCAGAUGAAAUCAUUUGUACAAAUUUAAUUGAUUUUCGAGAAAAGUAUUUUGCGUUACGAAAUGAAAGCCGAAAAGAGAAGCGAAUCAAGAAAGCAACAGAGAAAGCGAGAAAGAGAGAGUUGUGGGAACAGAGUAACAAAGAAAAUGCAAACAGAUGA